CUCAAGCCCGUAACAGAAAUAACGACGAGCCACAGGGGAAGAGAUCCAGGGCAAUAACGUAAGUCACAACAACCGUUUGGUGGCAACUCGCAACAUUAAAAUCUCAGCCAGUCAACACCUUACACCUCCAUCUCUUCGCUUCUCGUAGGGAAAGAGAGAGACAGCUUUGUCUGAAAGCCGCAAGCAAAUGACGGUGAUUGCAACCCUUCCCCUGACCUCCGCCACCCAAUUCAAUCCAUUCACAUUCAGUUAGGGUUUCGGUUCGUCGAAUUCAUUAAUUUCCUGUUUUUCCUGUUUCCCUUUUUAUGUUUUGACCUCAGAGAGACUAUGCGACUUUGAGUGUGCUUCACUUCUUGUGAUUCAACAGAAGAAAUAUUAAGAUCGUUUUACUUUCUUGUUAUUUCCUUGUUUCAUUUUUUCGGCAUCCAAACAGUGGGUUAUGGUUGUUGUUUCUCGGAGAAUCGCAAUCUUUGGAGAUAAUUGAACAGAUGGCAUCUGCUCAAGGAUUGGCGUCGUCAACCGAACUGGGGAUUUUGUUCCGUCCUUCCAUUUUAUUUCCAACCGGAUAUCGGCUAUCUGAUCUUCAAUUGUGUAAUAACCUAUCUUUGAAACGUUGUUAUAGGUUUUCUGCUGCAAUUUGCUGCCAGCAAAACCCUUGUAUUGCUAAGCCCAGCUGUAGGGUUAGGGAAUUUAGGUUGUUUAAGGCGGUGGAGUUGGACCAGUAUAUAACAAGCGAUGAUGAAGGAGAGGAGAUGAGUGAAGGGUUUUUUGAGGCGAUUGAGGAAUUAGAGCGAAUGACAAGGGAGCCAGGAGAUAUUCUUGAGGAAAUGAAUGAUCGACUCUCUGCGAGGGAGUUGCAGUUGGUGUUAGUGUAUUUUUCUCAAGAAGGGAGGGACUCAUGGUGUGCACUCGAGGUGUUUGAGUGGUUGAAGAAGGAGAACCGGGUUGACAAGGAGACCAUGGAGCUUAUGGUUUCUAUAAUGUGCAGCUGGGUUAAGAACCUGAUAGGAGGGAAACAUGAUGCUAGUGAUGUUGUUGAUCUUCUUGUGGACAUGGAUUGUGUGGGUUUGAAGCCUAGUUUUAGUAUGAUGGAGAAGGUAAUAUCUUUGUACUGGGAGAUGGGGAAGAAGGAGGAAGCAGUUUUAUUUGUGAAGGAUGUUCUGAGGAGAGGCAUAACCUGUUCAGAGGAUGAUGGUGAAGGACGGAAAGGUGGCCCAACUGGCUAUCUUGCCUGGAAGAUGAUGGUUGACGGUGAUUAUAGGGGUGCAGUCAAGUUGGUGAUCCAUCUCAGAGAUUCUGGGCUAAACCCAGAAAUCUACAGUUACCUCAUUGCUAUGACAGCUGUGGUGAAAGAGCUUAAUGAAUUUGGAAAAGCUUUGCGCAAGUUUAAAGAUUUUGUUAGGUCUGAUUCCAUAGCUGAACUUGAUGCGGAAAAUAUGGCUCUUAUUGAGAAGUAUCAAUCAGAUCUUUUAGCUGAUGGGUUAUGUUUGUCUGCUUGGGUGCUUCAAGAUGGUAGCUCUUCACUAAAAGGGAUUGUUCAUGAGAGACUUCUUGCUAUGUAUAUUUGUGCUGGUCGUGGACUUGAAGCUGAAGGACAGUUGUGGAAAAUGAAGCUUGCGGGAAAGGAGGCUGAUACUGAUCUAUAUGACAUCGUCCUAGCUAUCUGUGCUUCACGGAAGGAGCCCAAAUCCAUUUCACGACUACUUGCUAGAGCUGAGGUUACAAGCUUGAUGUGUAAGAAAAAAACUUUAACAUGGUUGGUCAGAGGUUACAUUAAAGGAGGACAUUUUGAUGAAGCUGCAGAAGCACUGAUCAAGAUGCUUGAUUUGGGCUUACGUCCAGAGUAUUUAGACAGGGCAGCGGUACUGCAGGGACUAGUAAGAAGGAUCCAACAAUCAGGCAAUGUAGAUCCUUAUCUCAAGCUUUGCAAGCACCUUAGUGAUGCAAAUUUGAUUGGACCGUGUCUUGUCUAUCUGUAUAUAAAGAGAUACAGGCUCUGGAUCAUGAGAAAGCUUUGAGACACUUCACUGGACCAGUUGUAACAUUCUCGAAGCUGGGGUUUAACCAACAGUACAGUUUGGUGGCAAUGAUUCUGUGCCACAAAUAUAUGAAAUUUUGUAUAAAUUGUCUAAAUUUGGUCGAC